AUGCCAGUCUGGCUUCGGUGCCUCUUACGCAGGCGACUGGAUCUACAGGUCCUUCGCGGACACCUCGUCCCCUUCUCCCAUUCAAUUACUUGUAAGGUCCUCUUCUCCAUUACCGCUGCGGUCAACACUUGGGCAGCAUCCCUUGCUUGUCGCAAUAUUCUGUUUCAUUGCGAUAACUUAUCCGUAGUACAUACUUUGUCUAGUGGUACUAGAAAAUGCACGCACAUUAUUACUCUUCUCCGUUUCCUGUUUUACAUCUGCGCUCAUCACAAUAUUGUGGCCAUCCACAUAGAUGGCUUUGAUAAUCAUUAGCCUGACACUCUCUCUCGUUUUCAGAUCGACAAGUUCCUGGUCGCCUGUCCUGUGGCUUCCCGUUCUCCAACGCCUGCAAGACCUCUACCCUUGGCCAGCUUCAAGUAGACACGCCUCACUCCUUCGUAGGAGGACUAUCGGACUCCUCUCAUUGUACGUACAACAGUGCUCAGCACCGAUUUCUCCACUUUAGCCAGGAUUUUUCCUUGGUCCCCUUGCCAGCAUAUUUGCUACUCAUCNCUUCGUAGGAGGACUAUCGGACUCCUCUCAUUGUACGUACAACAGUGCUCAGCACCGAUUUCUCCACUUUAGCCAGGAUUUUUCCUUGGUCCCCUUGCCAGCAUAUUUGCUACUCAUCUCGCCCAAAGGAUCAAACCAGAAUCAAUGAAUGUUUAUCUCGCGGCCGUGAGCUCUCUGCAUAUAUCACACGGUCUGUCUAAUCCACUUCAACCUGGAUUGCGAUGA